UGAGCGGAUGAAACCAGGGACCCGGAGGGAAGGAGGCAGGCAGGCAGGCAGGCGGAGAGAGGAUCCUCCUGAAAGGAAGAGGAGAAGAGCCGAAGCACCGAUGCUGCCUUCACAAGCGGUGGGACCCGUGGACAGUCAGCGGCUGCAAAUGGAUCUUCGUCGGGCAUUAAUCAAUUCGUCAAGUUGGAAGAAAUAGGAGAACCAAAGCUUGAGCUGUAAAUGUGUCAGCAUCAGAGAACUCAGCAUGAAGAAGUCGGCCCGGCCAGCGGCGAGUAAGGUCAGCGGGGAACGAGGGAAAUCGGAGGCCGCCGGCGCCGGAAAGUCCUCAGCCAAAAGUGUCAGCGCCGCACCUCUGAAUAAGGUGAAAAGCAAUGAUGAUCUUUUAGCGCCCAUGGCCGGAGGGAAUCCUGCCACUAAGACCAAGAAGACUGGCUCCAUUGGAAGUAGCUCUACCAACCAAGAAAUCAAGCCAAAAACUACAUCAGGGUCUCUGUCCAAGCGUACAUCAACGACUUCCAAGGAACCAAAUUCUUCGCGAGAUCGCCUUCGGACAUCAAGAGGUUCAGCUGCUAAGAAGCAGUUGGCUUUGGGCAGCGCAUCGGGGGAUGUAUCCUCGGGAAAACGCUCCCAGAGCCAGACUGUGGCCGAAUCAGACGGCCGCAUGAGCAAGUCCAAAUCAGACGGCCAGAUCAGCGAUAAGGUCGCUCUGGAAGCCAAGGUGAAAGAUCUGGUGGGUCUGGCUAACAGCAAAGACGUGGAGAUCCUCCACCUCCGCAGCGAGCUGAGGGACAUGAGGGCGCAGUUGAGCCUGGGGGGAAAGGAGGCGACGCCCCAGGAGCAGGAGGAAGAGGAGGCCGGGGAGGAAGAGAAGCCCCAGGUGUCAGCCAUCACAGCCGCUGACGUGGAGUCCACUCUGAUCCUCCUGCAAGAGCAAAACCGAGCCAUCCGAGAGGAGCUGAACCUGCUGAAGAGCGAGAACCGCAUGCUGAAGGACCGGCUCAACGCGCUGGGCUUCUCCCUGGAGCAGCGGCUGGACGGAACCGACAAGCUCUUCAGCUAUUCGUCCUCCCUGAGCCCGGACCUGUCGGCCAGCGGUGCGCACGGCGACACGGCCAGCGCCGGCGCGCUGACAUCCUCGGUGGAGGGCUCGGCCCCUGGCUCCCUGGAGGACCUGCUGACGGGUCACCAGCACGGCGGCUCGGCAGACAACCUGGACAGCGAGUCCAGCGAGGUCUACCAGGCCGUCACGUCCAGCGACGACGCCCUGGACGCCCCCUCCGGCGCGUCCUCCUCGUCCGAGUCAGAGUGCGCCCCGGGCGUGGUGGCGGCACGCUCGCGCAGGGGCAGCAGCGGCGACACCAGCGAGGUGUCAGUGGCCUGCCUGACGGAGCGCAUCCACCAAAUGGAGGAGAACCAGCACAGCACGGCGGAGGAGCUGCAGGCCACGCUGCAGGAGCUGGCCGACCUGCAGCAGAUCACCCAGGAGCUGAACGGGGAGAACGAGCGGCUCGGCGAGGAGAAGGUCAUCCUCAUGGACUCGCUGUGCCAGCAGAGCGACAAGCUGGAGCAGUACGGCAGGCAGAUCGAGUACCUGCGCUCGCUGCUGGACGAGCACCACGUCGCCUACGCGCUGGAGGAGGACAUCAAGAGCGGCCGCUACCUGGAGCUGGAGCAGCGCUACGGCGACCUGGCCGACAAUGCCCGCUUCGAGAGGGAGCAGCUGCUGGGCGUGCAGCAGCACCUGUCCAACACGCUCAAGAUGGCCGAGCAGGACAACGCCGAGGCGCAGGAGAUGAUCGGCGCGCUGAAGGAGCGCAACCACCAGAUGGAGCGCAUCGUGGAGUCGGAGCGGCAGGACCGGGUGGCGCUGGAGGCGACGCUGGACGAGUACAAGGCGGCGGUGAGCAGCGACCAGGCCGAGCUGGGCCGCUGCCGGGCGCAGCUGGAGCAGGAGAGGCAGCGGGUGGCGGAGCUGUACUCGCUGCACACGGCCGGCGACAAGAACGACAUCUGCCAGCUGCUGGAGGGCGUGCGGCUGGGGAAGGAGGAGGCGGAGGCCAAGGCGGCCAAGAUGCAGGAGGAGCUGGAGCGGGCGCACGGCGAGCUCGGCCGGCUGCAGGAGACUUUCUGCAAGCUGGACGGUGAAUACAGGGGCUUCCAGGAGCAGGCGCAGCGCCGGAUCGCCGAGCAGGAGGGCGCUCUGGAGAAGCGGCGCGUCGAGCUGCAGGAGAAGGAGACGGAGAUCGGCGACAUGAAGGAGACCAUCUUUGAGCUGGAGGACGAAGUGGAGCAGCACCGAGCCCUGAAGCUCCAUGACAACCUCAUCAUCUCGGACCUGGAGAACUCUGUGAAAAAGCUGCAAGACCAGAAGCAUGACAUGGAGAGAGAGAUCAAGACUCUUCAUCGCAGACUCAGGGAGGAGUCGAUGGAGUGGCGCCAGUUCCAGGCUGAUCUGCAGACGGCCGUGGUCAUCGCCAACGACAUCAAGUCCGAGGCGCAGGAGGAGAUAGGAGACCUGCGGCGCCGCCUGCAGGAGGCGCAGGAGAAGAACGAGAAGCUGAGCAAGGAGCUGGACGAGGUCAAGAGCCGCAAGCAAGAGGAGGAGAGAGGCCGAGUGUACAACUACAUGAAUGCGGUGGAGCGGGACCUGGCGGCCCUCAGACAGGGGAUGGGUCUCAGUCGGAGAUCGUCCACCUCCUCAGAGCCGUCGCCCACCGUGAAGACGCUCAUCAAGAGCUUCGACAGCGCCUCGCAAGGCCCGCCCUCUAACGGCGCCGCCGUCGCUCCGACUGCUGUUGCUCCGACUGCUGUCGCUCCGACUGCCGUCGCUCCCCCGUUACCUCGGACCCCCCUCAGCCCCAGCCCCAUGAAGACCCCCCCAGCAGCUGCUGUUUCACCCAUGCAGAGACACUCCAUUGCUGGGUCUAUCGUGGCGACCAAACCCCUCUCAUCGUUGAGUGACAAGAGACCCAGUUACACAGACAUGACCAUGCCAGCUGAGCACCUCCUCAGGGGAGCCCCGACCAGCCGACCGCCUCCCGUCCUGCAGAGGGUCUCCAACAUCGACUCCACCAAGGCCAUUUCAGUGUCGCGGAGGAGCAGUGAGGAGAUGAAGAGGGACAUAUCGGCGUCGGACGGAGCCUCCUCCACCUCCCUCAUGGCCAUGAGCGCUGCUUCCUCCCCCCUCUCCCUCUCCUCCUCCUCCCCCACCGCCUCCGUCACGCCCACCACCCGCAGCCGCCUGAGAGAGGAGAGAAAGGACCCUCUGUCAGCGCUGGCCAGGGAGUAUGGAGGCUCCAAGAGAAACGCUUUGCUCAAGUGGUGCCAAAAAAAGACUGAAGGUUAUCAGAACAUCGACAUCACCAACUUCAGCAGCAGUUGGAACGACGGCCUGGCCUUCUGCGCCUUGCUGCACACCUACCUGCCCGCACACAUCCCAUACCAGGAGCUCAGCAGUCAGGACAAGAGGAGAAACUUCACGUUAGCUUUCCAGGCUGCAGAGAGCGUCGGCAUCAAAUGCACAUUGGACAUCAACGACAUGGUCCACACGGAGCGACCCGACUGGCAGAGCGUCAUGACGUACGUCACCGCCAUCUACAAAUACUUCGAGACCUGACUCCCGACCGCAGCGCCUCGCACCCGCAGCAGCACAAUCACAGUCGCGGCGACGCGCCUGGCAACCGUUACACCUCACCGCCCCGACCCCACCACACGCUACUAGCUAUUAGCUGAGCUUGGACCUCAAGCAGCUGGGGGUCAAUCACACGUUUACCGUUGCACUAGUAAGCCAUGAGAAGUAACCGGUCGAAGCCGGGUCUGCGCAGAAUCCGCUGGAUCCCCUGGAAAAAGUCCAGAAGAUCCGUGGAUCAGGAGCUGCAAAAGAAAAAUGUCAGUGCCUUCUGUUUUGGCUUGUGUUGUUUUUGUUUCCACGAUGUUUAUGAGGAAGUUGUUCCAACCCUAAAUUCACUCGGAAAUUCUCAAAAUGUCUUUCGUUUGGUCGGAACAUUAAGCGGAGUUUACAUUUCAUGUGUGUGUUUUUUUUAUUCCAGCCCGCAGCGUUGAUUGGUUGGUUGCCUAAUCUUUUGAAAUAUUCCUUUUGGAAACACUUUGGACUUGUUUUGCACCAAGUCUUCCAGACAUGACAGUACGAUGCAGAUGCCUCUCUUUCAGCGGAUAAAGUGCCUGUGAGUUUAAUGCAGGAGAACCAAGAAAUGAGCUCCGUGUCGCUUUGUGAAGUUGCCAAAUAAGUAUCAUAGACUUCUAGUUGUUUUUUUUUUGUUUGUUUUUUUUCACCUGCUAUAACCAGGAUAAAGUGCUGUUAGGUUCUCCAGCUCCAUCACCCAGUAUAAGCCACACUAACUCACUCUUUAUAGAUCUGUGAAAGUUGAUUCAUAUUCAUUUAAAGUUGCAUAAAUAUCCUAAAGCUUUCCUGAUGGCUGUGUAACUUGUCUCCACUGUUCUCACUCGGCACACGGAGCGCACGGCGUCAUUCCUUCAGAACCAAAGCGUGAGCAGAGUGCAGCCCUCAGCGGAAUGUGUUCUGUGGAAAAAAAUCAGGCCUCGGGUUUGAGGGAAAAGUCUUGGAGUUGUUUGGAUUGAUGUGCGUUUUUCUUUCCUAAUAAUUGGAAGGGAUUAUCUGCGCUUUGUUUGUGUGUGUUCUUAAUGCGAGGUUCGGCGCCGGGUUCAGCGUAAACGCCUGACUCGGGCCAAAGGAAAUAAAAAAAUCUGCAUUCCAGCGCCUCUAAUGAUUAAUAACAUGCUUUGUUUUGUAGUCAGAGUAAUCCCAGCUUGUUCUACAAGGAGAGUGUGGGGGGGCAACAGUUUUUCUUGGUUUUGCAGAUAGUUGUGUGUUUCUCUUUGGCAGAGUCGUGUUGUAGCUGCAGAGGUCGUGUAAGUUACCAACUGGCCGUCACCUCACAUUGCAGACUGACCUAAUCCUGGAUAGCGACUAAACCGCCCAAAUAUCAAAUUCUUCACUGAACGAGACGUUUCUUGUGCUUCUAAAUGACACAAAGUGACUAUAUAAUCCAUUCUGCAACUAUCUGAUUUUUUUUCUUCUUUUUCUUUAUGUUUGUGUCUUUCCUUAGCAUAACUAUUGCACACUCGUGACGGUGUGUGCCGUUAGUUCACUCGAAAUCCAGCCUGCAACCGUUUAGUCAGGCUGUCUGACUGCUGUGGGCUGCCUGUGCCUCACACACAAAGUUAUUAUUUUAUUUAUUUGCAUAGUUUUCAUGAAGUCAUUACUUGAGUGUCUUACCUAUCUAUGAAGUUAUUGCACACACAGCAAGUAGCUGCACUGAGAUAAGCUUUUUUUUUCUUUCUUUGUAUGCCACACUAAUGUUCUUGCCUUAAGAGUCGAGCCGAGGCCUGCGCUACUGACAGCUGGACACCAGAUUGGAAAGGACGUCCUGAAACAUGCGAGGCUUUGUCCUUUGCCUUAUUGAGAAACUCUGACAUUUACUGUGUAGAGGUUGAAAUCUCUACACAGAGAGACCUGUGUAUUAAGGUCGUUGUAAAGAGGAGAAAAUAAAAGAUAUGUAAAUUUCUGCCAUAAAAGUUCUGAAAUUUUCUAGGAAAAAAAUAAUAAAACAAGGACAUUUCUGAGGUCCACAAGUCAAAACUUUGCUAGGAAAAACUCUGGAAUCUUGAGAUUAAUCUCAGCAAAAUUCUAGAAAAAGCAAGAAAAUGUCUGUUUGAAUAAUUGAACAUUUUCUAGGAAAAAAAACAAGAAAUUUUUAGGAUUCAUUUUCUAGAAAAACGUUGACAUUUCACAGUUUGAAAACUCAAACUUGCUUGGAAAGUUUCAACAAACUCAGAAAUCUCCACCGUUUCUUUCUUUCUAGAAAUUUUCUGAGGUCAAUCUCAAAAUGUGAGUUUUUUGGUAGAAAUGAUCUCUCCCCUUUUUUCUGUCUACAACAUCCCAUCAUAAGAACCACUCAUCCGUCUCCCUGAUAUCAGAAGAAAGGGAGAGUACACACAGUGUCAGUCCACCUCCGCCAGCGGUAUCAAUAGCAACAAGGAAAAGCACUAUUUUUGCCUCUCGGAUGUGGAGGCUUGCCAGGUCUCAUCGCCGCGGAGCGUACAUCUGCUUUAGACAUUCAGCGAUUUAAAGAUAGCACAAGAGCCUUCAACAAUGGCUGCCUCUGCUCCGCGUACAAGAUGGAGCGAGUUAUUUACUGGCGUUGGAAGGAAUUGGCUUCUUUUCACAAGUGGGGUGGGGGAAAAGUCGUGUGUGUGUGUGUGUGUGUGUGUGUGUGUGUGUGUGUGUGUGUGUGUGUGUGUGUG